AUGCCCGACAUUGACUUUAGUGCUCUGGCGGCUGCUGCCGAUUUCGACAACUUCCGCCAGGCUCCGACACUAGACGUUCUCGCCAAUGAUGCCCUCCUUUCUCCCAACUCCAGGUUGGAACAAGCCCUCGCCAAUUCAGAAGCCAAGGGCCUUCCUCCCAUCAGCGUCACCCCAAUGUCUGGCCAGCAUCUUUCUAUCCUUACUCAACUCAUGGGCGCCAAGUCGGUGCUAGAAAUCGGUACACUUGGUGGAUACGCAGCUAUCUGCUUUGCUCAAGGCGGUGCGAAAGUAACAAGCAUUGAGAUCGACCCUAAGCAUCGCGACGUCGCACUUGAGAAUGUUGCAGGUCUUGAUGUAGAGGUCCUUCUUGGAGCUGCGCUUGAUGUACUACCCAAGCUCGUGGAGGAGAAGCGGCAGUUUGAUAUGGUCUUCAUCGAUGCUGAGUUUGAGGACCAUAUCGAGCAUUUCGACUGGGCUGUCAAAUUGACCCGGCCCGGAGGGUGUGUUUUCUUCGACGACGUGGUGCCGGCCAUGUUCAAGAAUGGCGAGGUAAAACCAGGAGUGGAUUCUAUCUUGACGCAUAUUGGAAAGGACCACAGGGUCAAGGCUGCACUGAUGCCCAAUGUGGCGUGUCACCCCAUGUUGCCCACGCCUAUCUUUAAUGGCUUCGUAUUGGCUCUAGUCAAAGAGCACUGA